AUAUCUGGCCACCUGCAUCACCUACCAUGCCUCUGUCACGUACCUUGCUUCUGUGUCGCCUACCAUGCUUCCGUGUCACCUACCAUGCUUCUGUGUCGCAUAACAUGCUUCUGUGUCACCUACCAUGAUGCUUCAUUCUUCACUUGCAGUGCUGGUCGUGACUAUUUUGUCUCUACACCCAAACGAUUGGAGCUGAUAAGUGUUUGUAUUAAAAUGCUAUCCGGAGGUCACGGAGAAGUAAACCCCAACUCAUCAUGGCACAGCAGUCGGGGAGCUUGGCUGUCUUACCUGGCUGGAGUAUUGGCUCUACACCUGUUCCUUCUCUCCAUACCACUGAUUUCCAUACCUACAGCUUGGACUCUCACUAAUGUUAUACACAACCUGGCAAAUUACCUGUUUCUUCAUCAGAUUAAGGGGACCCCUUGGCAGUUACUAGAUCAAGGGAAGUCUCGGCUGAUGACUGCGUGGGAACAGAUUGACUAUGGCCAACAGUUUACUACAACUCGCAAAUUUAUCACCAUCAUUCCUAUUGUCUUAUUUCUCCUAACCAGCUUUUACACCAAGUAUGAGUUCAAUCACUUUGCCAUCAACUUUGCCACACUCCUUCUGGUACUUAUUCCAAAACUGCCACAAUUCCACAUGGUCCGGUUGUUUGGCAUAAACAAGUAUUAAGCUUACCAUAGCACCAGGCACAACUGAGGGAUCCUCAGUGAUAACUAAUGUGCUGUGAGGGUGUUAUUGAUGUCUGAAUAAUGUUGUGCUGAACAAAGGUAUCAGUUAUGUACACAAAUGAGAUUAGUUUUGACCCCACAGUUUAGAGAGGAAUAAAUAGGAAAAGAGGUACAAUAUCUGUUGAUGUGUUAAGAUAGAGAAUGCACAAAAGUAAAUUGAUUUCUGUGAGAGAGAGUAUCAGAUACAGUGUUGGAAACAGGUAAAUUAAUAUUAAUGUGGAUCAACAUCUGUGUUUCCUUACCCAUUCAACAUUUUCCUAAACACUUUUUGUAAUUGUCACUGCUAACAAGUUAUAAAAUAUUUCAUAAAGAUAAUUGCAUUAUUUGACCUUUACCAGUUCUAUUUUCAUUGAUUAUCAGAACUUAUCUAAAAUCAAAAUUUGUGGGUUAAUAGCAUUGUAUAUAAAAUAAUUAAUUUUAAGUAGAUGUUGAGAGUAUUUAUGUAUAAAGUGAUUUUAAGCUGUUUACAACUGUUCACUGGACCUGCUAUAUACAGUAUAUUUGGUCAGUCUUGUGAUUUUGAUGGAAAAACUUUCUCAGCUUCAGCAGUCAAUACUUGAGCCUUUCUGAGUUUCAAACAAUGGACUUAAGAAAGUAAUAUGAACAGGCAUUCAUUAUGAAAAAAAAAAAACUUAAAUAAUUUAAGUUUUAAAAGCACUUUAUAAAUCAGUUCUUUUAAGAAUACGUAUGCUCAAUCAUCUUUAAAAACUGUGUUUUUAAGAAGAGUUUAUACAGGUAACAGAUAAAUUGUAUUAAGUUUCCAGAUUAAAGGUAAUAAGUUAUAGUUAUUAUCAUCCUGAUUAAUAUGUUUUUUUAUAUAUGAGAUGUAAUACUAUGCAAUUGGCUAUACUUUACUACUUGGUAAGGAAAUGUAGUCAUGUAACUCUUCUACUUUUGUGCAUAUUUAUUGUGUAGUUAACUAAGUUUCUUUGUAACUUGAAGAAAUAGUUUGCACAGACAAGUUAAGUAUAGAAGACAAUUAAAUUCUAUAUGUUAAUGUAAUUAUUUCAUCAUUACAAUAUCCCUCCAGAUGCAAGCUGUCACACACAAAACCUUCUAACUUACCAGUACAUUUUUCAUUCCAUAUUUACUGAUUUGUUUUGCCCCUCUUAUUUGUCUCCCCAUCUCUCUCCUUCAUUGUUUAAAAUACCUUAAAAGUUUCACCAGCACUGCAUUAGGUGAACCCUUCAGUAAGAGAUGUAUAUACCUAAUGUAGGUAUGGAAUAUAGGCUACUGGUCUGAUGGGUUCCAAACGUAACCUAACAUUUCCAUUGUGCUUUAGACCCCUAGGACUGGGAUCUAUUAGGCUUGUGCCCUGAAAUUAGUUAAGGUUGGGACCUACAGUAUUAGGACUUGGGGCUCACUUGAUCAGUCACUUGGUUGGUAGAAAUGGAAACUUUGAUGUAAAAGUUUGACUUAAGUGAUUGAAUGCCCCCAUCUCAGAAGGAAAACCUAGCUCUUUCUCUUCUGCAGUCAUAAUUUAGUAUACUACUCUGACCAGUUGUAAAUGUUGCUUUAUCCAUCAUAAAAGACAGUGUGGUUGGAACUUCUUGAUAUUGAUCUUGUUGGUGGUGAGGAUGUUAUGAAUUGUGUCUUGCUAAGUUAAUGGAAGACAUUAGUCGAGGUAUAUGGAGUGAUACACUUAGAAAAGAUCUUGUUAAAGAGGUGGAUUAAACACGCCAAGGAGGCAAGUCUAGAUAUUUCUUUUGAUCUUACUUCCGGUAGGAUUCAGGUUUCAGAACUGUAGCUGCCGGUAGUAAGUGACUGUGUCUUGUGGAUGGAGAUAUAGGUAAUCCCAGUGGAAAAUUAUGAGAAUGAGGGAAACUUGUGAAACAUAUGGAGCAAAAAUAGCAAAGUUUGUGAGUGAUGUUACAAUGUUGAUUACUUAUGUGUAUUCAAGCACUUUGUUUCUGUUGGCACAAGUUGAUUGUAGAUGAAUUUACAUGAAUUAGGUGAGUUACGGUUAGUACAGGGUACUGUAUUGUACUGUGUUUGUGUGUUUGCAAGCUUAGGAUGGAAUACAUCUGUUUAGAGUAUAUAGACUUGCCUUAUGCUUAGACCUUCCCUACACAUGUCUUCUGCAAUGAUCCAUGUCUGUUUCCUCUACUAAAGUUUCUGUAACCCUUGAUCCAAUCCACACACGUGUAGGAAAGGAAUAAAGAUAUUAAAUAGAAAGCUGAUAGAGAGGUAAAGCAAGUAUCAUCAUGAUUGUGGGGGUGUUUUUUUAGUCAUUUUUUUGGGGGGGGGGGGGAUUAUUUUAGUUAUAUCUUUUGUGGAUAUAUAAUAGAAGGGGUAUUUGCACUGAUAUGGCUGUGCUCCUCAAACCUUUUACUGCUCCUUCAGUAGGUUGGCUGUGCCUGCUUUGUUGACAAGAAUGUCAUCAGUUGAAUGUCACUUUCUCCUACUUAUUAAAAUGUUAUAACUUGUUAGUGACCAUUUAAUUCAUAUAUAAUUUUCCUUUGCACAUACAAUCUGACCAGGUGUUGAUGCCAUGAUUCCUAGCAUUCAGUUGGUUACUUCACCCCUUUGGUAGGAUGUUAGUCUCCCAAAUGUUUAUUCAGUGUACAGAACUGUACUGUACUGUACUAGGGUAAUUUAUAAGGAAGGAACCCAGUCCUCCACUCCAGAUGGAAAUCAAACCCAGGAACCUUCACUUGCAAAAUAAAUGCUCUUCCACUUUUGUGUGUCCAUAAUACUGUUACUAUAUUCUUGACAAGUAUCAUUCAAAUAGUAGUUCCUCUGGGAGUUAAAGAUGUAAGCUUUAUUAAGACUCUGCCUUUUCCUAUUUGAUGCAGAGUAGCCAGAAACUAGGGUAAAUGAUUUGAUAUACAGUACGGUACUUGUAAAAAUGGUUGCCAUAGAUCUGACAGCCCAUUUGGAUUAGUGUUGAUACAGCUCACUGUAGAUAAAGGCUUUUUUCUGUACAUAAGGAGACAGUGUGGCCAGCACUGCACUCAACCACCUUGUUAGUUUUCCAUUCACAGCUGGGUAGAAUGAGGGUGUUCUCGGGUGUGAACCAGCUUUCCAUAGAAUGGGAGGCAAGUGUUGUUCCCACUUUGCCACCACACUUGUACAUAUUCAGAAAGCAGUGAAAUGUUUAUUGUAUGAUAUAUAUAUAUAUAUAUAUAUAUAUAUAUAUAUAUAUAUAUAUAUAUACACACACAUACACACAGUACCUCUGUUAUAGAAAUAGUCACGUCCAAAAUUUCUACCAGACCAAGAAAUAGACUUCUUUCUUUAUCAUUAAUUAAUAUCUGGUACUAAUUAUAGCAUUAUUUUGCAUAUUCUAAACAGCGUAGUGUUUGUUGUGCAUCUUUUGUCACCGCUACAUGUCUUCUACAAACAAAAUUUCCCUAGUUUCUUGCAUAUCAAAUUUUUUUACCUUAUAAUAUUCCCAUACUCUUUCAUGGUUUACAAAGUAGAAAGCUUGUGGAUAAACUGUGACCAAACAAAGAGCAUUGCUUACAUCACAGCAGCUGGAGAGUGUUAACAUGUUUGGUGAAGACUGAAUCUUGUGCACAGUCAUUGGAGGAGAAGGUUAUUAAAACAAUUUACCAAUUUGUCAUUAAAUCACUGUCGGUACUAUUGUUUGUAAAAUGUUUUAAGCCUGGAUCGUAUAACUUGUAUUGCACAACUGCUGUAAUGCCAGUACAGUACCUUAUACCUGUAUGUAACUCCUAUAUUAUGGCCUUCAGCCAAUGUGUCACAGGUUAUAUAUACUGUACCCCAAUGUGUGGUGUCAGAUUUGAGUUUUGGACAAUAUGUAUAUACAGUAUGUCGAAUUAACCUACAUGGCACAAUAACAGAUUGUAGUUAAACAAUACUUAAUUGAUAACAAGUAGAGUGGAGAAUUUUUAGUAUGUGGCUGAAGUGUUACUUUUGCUUGCUCUGAAGCAUAAUACAGUAUGUACUGUACUGAACAGUAAUUUGAAAACUUGUUUAGCUAAAAUGUGCAAAGAAUACAUAAUGCACUGCAGAUAUGCUUUAUUAUUUAAGGACCAAUGAGACUUGUGAAAUGCUAACUUGUUUGUAAGAUAGUAGAACAACUACCUGUUGUGCCAUUUUUGUAAAGUAGUUGAAGUGUUGUGAAUUUCAUAUCAAAUUUACUGUAGUACAGUAUCAUUGAAUAAUAUUUUGGCCUUUUCUGAUAAUUUUAUUGGUACCCUCUAGAAAUUUGAGUGUUAGAGGUACUGUAACACGAGAUAAUACAUUACAGCGUAUAUGGAAAUUAUGUCUUAUAAUAUCUAAGCCUGAAGUUAAAAAGACAUUAUUUGUGAUGGCACAGCAUAUGUGUAGGUGGUCACUUGUAAUGUAAAUGUUCUGCACUAAAGCAGACAUUUUUUAUCUUUGUUAAUAAGAGAUUUAAACGGAUUUUUACUAGCUCUAACCAGGAAGGGUUUUUCCUAUCCACGGAGCACUAAAUAAUUGUGUUUAAUAUCCUAAUAAAGAUUUAUGUGGGGCCAGAAAAUGGAGUACCUGUACUGUAAUCAGUUUUAUUAAAUUUAGUAAGUUUGUUUGUGAUAGAUGACUUAAAUAGCAGAGAGGAUUAUGUCAGUAGUACAGUUUGUAAUACUCUUAAGGAUGGAACAAUAAAUUUCUUUUCUGAAUUACAGUAUGAUAAUAUGGGUUUGCAUUGUAGUAUGUAUAUGAAUAAUAAUCAGAUGUGAUGUGUGUGAUUAGGGAAUUUAUGACUUGUAGGUCUGUUGAUGGCUAACAUAAAUUCAUUUACUGUUGUCUUGUAAUCAGUUGAGUGCUAAUAAUCACACAUGAUUCUUUGCAUUACAUGAAUCUUGAACUUUCCUGUAGCUUAAGGAAUUUGAAUAUUGAUGCAGUACAUUGCCAUUUCAGUAUUUGCAGUAGUUGUUAAACUUGUCUGUUUUGAGAUUAAGUUGUAUGUAAAUUCCUUUAAAUAAUUUGUCAAAAUAUUGCAUGUGAUUUUGAGCUAUUAGUUGCCGGUGUAAGUGUAAAAGAGAUGACAAUAUAUACAGUACUGUAUCUUAGUAAGUACCUAAAAGAGAGUAUUGCUGUGAACCUCACAAGCAUUACUAUAACCCAACGACCCAUAGAGGUGGUUCAAGAAUGUGAAGCUGUCCAAUAGGUUAUGCAUAGAAUAUGAAACCUGAAGCAUCAACCAUUUUUUUGUGCCAGUAGAUACGGUAUGUUAAGAUAAGGCAGUCUUUUAUUGCCAUGCCUCCUACUGAUAACUGUGUGUAUUAAAGGCUUGUAACAUUUUCAAAUAGAUUUUUCAGCAUCCUUGCUGUAUGCUCAUGCUUAUAAUUGUAUUAAAAGAAAAACCAUUUUUCCAUUUGUAUUCAGAUGAUUCAAUUAUCUAUCAUUGAAAUCUCUUCUGUUGUCCCUCCCAGUUACAUCACACAGUAACAUUGUGUAUGAACCGUUCCUCUGUUAGCUAAGUUCCAAUCCCAUCAUCUGGAUAAGCUUACCAUAUUGUAUGAAUUGCCUUUCUGUUAUUCCUUCUUAGCCCAUCAUAUGGUUAAUAUCAGCACCCUGUGUGGAGUGUCCCUUGUUCAUCCCAAUUCCAUCACACUAGUACCCUAUGUGAUCAUCACAACCAGUAGUUCAGCAAUACUAAAUGGGGAGUAAACUGUGUGCCAAUCUAACAAGUGUGUCGAUAUUUUUUUUUAGCAGGUGCCUGGUCAAAUGGGCCUCAGUCUAGUAGACCCGACCCAAAUUACCAUAGUAAAACAACAUACCUGUAUUAAAGUUCAAGCCACUCCUAGUGGGUGCAGGAGUUAAUUAAAAUAAUUAUACUGAGUUCAAAUCCUUAUAACCCACAAUCCUAAGGGUUAGGUAAAGUUGGGUUUGGGCCCAUUUGAACUGGGGCCCAAUCUCACCUGUCACCUGUAUAACUGACUUAUUUUUCAGGGUUGUCAUUCCAUUAUAUAUUAUGACAAUUAGAUAAUGCUAUAAAUAUACAGUAUAUAUAUUUAAUGUGAUUUCAUACAGUAAUAUUUCUUUAAUACUAUAUAAAGUUCUUCUGCUACAAGGUAUGUUUUGGUUAUGGUGUUGUUGGCAAAUGAGCUCAACUUGGUAUGUGACAGCAUUAUAAUUUUCAGACUGGUGGCAUUGACUGUGUGUAAUAUAUCUUUAUAAAGCUUCAAUAUAUUUUAUGACAGUGGAUAGCAUCACUAGUGGAAGUGUGAUUUUCUCUCCAGGUUUUUCUUGCACUAGUCAUAUGAUGAAGUAAUUCUUUGUAGAGAAUAAUAUUGUGUAUGUAAGCAA